AUGGAUGAGACACAGGAGCCACUGGCCAUGACCGUACACCUCCUUGCUGACUCUGGGCAUGGCUUGCUUCUGCAGCAGGCUCUGGACCAGCUCCUGGAUUGCAUCUGCCCAGGGAUGCGCCUCUUCCUGGUGUCAGAGCGCGUCCGACCAGUGAAAUACUACGAGAGGCACCACCCGAGGCGGUCCCGGUUCCCGGGGAUGUCUGUGCUGCUCUUCCUGCAUGAAAGCCGUGGAGAGGAGCGCCUGCUUCGCGUCCUGGACUCCCUGCAGCGUCCACCCUGGCAGUGCUACCCUACGCAGGAUGUGCAGGGGAGACUUCGUCCCUACCUCCUUGCAAAUCAGGAGUUCUACAGCUUGGACAACCAGAUGCCUGUCUGGGGUGUCAGGCAGGUGCACUGUGGCACCGAGAUCCUGAGGGUGACGCUGUACUGCAGUUUUGACAACUACGAAGAUGCCAUCAGACUCUAUGAGAUGAUCCUGCAGAGAGAGGCCACUUUGCAAAAGAGCAACUUCUGCUUCUUUGGGCUCUACACCACUGAGAACUUGGCUCUGCAGCUCUCCCUGAAGCAGCUGCCCCUGGGAACUUCGGUGGACCCCAAAGAGUCUUGCGUGCUGCAGUUCAAGGUUCAAGAGAUCGGCCAGCUGGUGCCUCUUCUACCCAACCCGUGUGUUCCCAUCAGCAGCACCAGGUGGCAGACGCAGGACUAUGAUGGUAACAAGAUUCUGCUGCAGGUCCAGUUGAAUCCAGAACCUGGUGUUAGGAACCGCGAACUUUCUUUUCUGAAUGCCACCUUGGAUUCUGGCUUGCUCCAUCAGAGCUCCAGGCUGACCCCUGUCCCUGCACAGAGAACCCUGGAACCAAGGAGCCGGAGGAUCCGGGGCAGGAGGUUCAAGGUGCGUUCUCUGGAGUUCCCUGAGCCCAGUGGGGCAUCAGACAGCUCUAGCGCCACUUCAUGGAAAAGCCCUGGUUGGUCAUCCCCCGCCAGCAGCUCUGUCACAAGCACCCAGCUUCAUCCUCCACUUGAGCCCAGGGUCAGAAUGAAGGUCCUCCAGGAAAACAGCCUUCAGAAGCUGGAGGCAGAGACCAAUGUUGACACGGGCUUCACCAUCAUCAAUUCUGAGCCGAGGCAAUCUUUUCUGAGCAGAUUUCCAAGGGAUUUGUGGAUUACCCAGCCAUCAUCCUGCUUGCCAGACUCUUCUUUAGAGGGGGCUACCUCUAAAAACAAGGGCAUUCUUAGGGAAAGAAUCCAUCCCUUGUCACUUGCUAGCCAAGGGGACUUUGGUACAAGGAAGAUAAUCUCAAGAUGUUCCCUUCAUCUGCCAGUCCAAGGAGGAGAAAAAGAAGAAGAAUUCUUUAUAUAG